UAUAUACAGAUUUAAUUAUAGCAUGUAUAGUAUCGUGUUAUGAAAAUUAAUCGUUAAGUUAUUCAAGGAUUUCAAACAUGUCCACGAUGUUUAUUGUCUGCUUUUUGUACAUUUUGACAGUUUUUCAUGUUUGCAAAGCUGACGAAAAUACAAAUAUACAAAUUCCUUUAAUGGAUAAUGUUAAGGCGCCACUUUUUGCUGAUUUAAAUUUGUCAAACGUGACGCAACAACUGAAGAGAGUAAUUCAACAGGAGGUGAAGCGCAGCAUACAAAACAGAAUUACUGAUAGUGGGAAUUGCGACCGAAAAAUUGAUGCAAUGGAGAAAACCCUACAGGCUCUGGUGUUAAAUUAUACAAAUACACUUAAUCAGCUGACACCGACGGUUGAAACCAUAGCUUCAGCUAACUGUCAAAAGCCAUAUCAGAAGAUAGGAAACGGGUGUUAUUUCAUCAGCAAUGACAAAGUUUCGGGUAAUGCAGCAUUUGCGAGCUGUACAGACCCUGGUGCUUAUUUGGCUAACUUUGAAACCCUUGAAGAGGCCAUGGCUUUGACCUUAUUUAUUCAAAAGCAGAAAACAGGUAUUCACUACUACGUUGGAGGACGGAACAUCAACAGAUAUCUUCCAAACGGUGAUUGGCGGUGGAUCAAAAAUGGUAAAGUCACAAAGAUGACUUAUUUUGCCUUUGCUGAAGGACAACCUUCAGGAACAGCUAAGGAUGAACAGGACUGCAUGUUUUUGUAUGCCAAUAACAAAUACCAGUUUUAUGAUAUUGAGUGCGAUAAGGAAAUCUAUUAUGGUGGUUAUAUUUGUGAAAAAUAAAACGUGUUCUAUCAGUGUAAUUAUUAAAUAAAAUACACAUGAAGCGAGAUA